AAAAAGACAAAAAUCAUUAACAGAUACUCAUAUUAUAGUACAUAUAAAGCAAUAUAAUAUUUAUAAAAUACACAAAUGUCAAGAAUUCUACUUCGACCUUUAAUCCAACCCGUAAUUCUUCGCCGGAUGUGCGAUAAACCGAAGCUGAGUAGCAAACCCUCAAACACUCCGCAUCCGCCUAAGGAUCCUCCAGAUGAUUACCAACCGACCAGUGUGAACCAUGACGCACUGGAUGUGCCCGAGUUCGUGAGUCCCUCUUCCUUCCGUCAGUUCAGUGGUCCCGAUGAAAAGUUGGGACCAGGAGCUGGAAAGACCAUGGCCUACAAGAAUGGCCAAUACUUUGGCUACCACCGGUUCUCGUUUAUGGAACUGCUGAGCACGGCUACGGAGUUACGGGACGAACGUCGUUUGGAUGGCGGUCUCCAGGCAUCUAUAGAAGCAGAUGAAGAAUCUGUGUGUCAAGAGUCCCAACUGGAGACCAUGAAGGAACUGGAAGGAGAGUGUGAUAAAAUUCUCGCAAGCCAAGCCAAGCAAAUUGAGGAGGAGAAAUCCAAGCCCAAGGAGAAGAAUCUGCAGGAUAUGAGCGAGGAGGAGCUAAAAGAAUGGUGCAAGAAAAAAGAAAAGGACAUCAAGAAAAAAGAACAGCUGAAGAAAGAGGGCGGCGAACCUCCAAAGAAAAUCAAGGAUAUGAGCAAGGAAGAGCUCAAAGCUUGGUGCCAGAAGAAAGAAGCCGACAUAAAAGCAAAAGAGAAGAAGAGACUGGCCGAAGAAAAGGCUAAGUGUGAGGCAGAAGAAAGGAAGAAGAGUAAUGAGGCCAAAAAGAAGUACGAAGAGGAAGAGAAAAGGAAAAAGGCAGCGGAGACUAAAAAGAAAAGCGAGGAAGUAGAGAAAAAGAAGAACGAGGAAGCUAAUAGAAAGUGCGAGGAGGAGAAGAUCAAAAAGGAAGCAGAGGCUAAAAGAAAGUGUGAGGAAGAAGAACUGAAGAAAAAGUGUGAGGAAGAAGAAAAGAAGAAAAAGUGUGAGGAAGAAGAAAAGAAGAAAAAGUGUGAGGAAGAAGAAAAGAAGAAAAAGUGUGAGGAAGAAGAAAAUAAGAAAAAGUGCGAGGAAGAAGAAAAGAAGGAAAAGUGUAAGGAAGAAGAAAAGAAGAAAAAGUGUGAGGAAGAAGAAAAGAAGAAAAAGUGUGAAGGGGAAAAAGAAGAAAAAUGCGUAUCUGGGGAUAAUAAGGCUAAAACAGAUGAAGAGAAGUCGGUUUUAAAAGUCUUUUCCGAUUUUAAGCAGAAGUGCAUGGACGCUUUGGAGAAAAAGGAAUGCGAGGACAAAAAAAAGAAAGAAGCAGAUGAAAAGGCGAAAUGUGAUACGGAUAAAAACAAUGAGAAUGAUAAAUAAAUAGGUAUAUAAAAUAUGUUUAAAUAUAUACAACUCACUAGUUUUUAAAAAUUAUGGUAAAGAAUUCAUAGCUUAAUGUACAUUUUUUAAAUUUCUGAAUAAAGGUUUUUCAAUACUGUC